AUGGCAAGCCACUCGCCCAGCUCCGCAGUAGCCGAAUCAGCAGAAGCCCUCCUUCCCUUCCAGCAACACGAGAACAGAGUGAGUUUUUCUCCUUCAUCCUUUCGUUACUAUGAGAAAGGAAAACAGAAUGGAGGAGAGGGAGAGAAGAGAAACGGAAGCAAAACAAAGACGCAAGAUAGCAGAAGGCGAACGCAGACAGUGAGGACUGAAGAAAUUAAACUGGUUUCGCCAGCAGACCAGGAGCAGGUAUUAGGCAAAGCAGCAACCAACAGGAAAACGGAGAAAGAGCAAGAGAAUACAGAGGGAAGAACAUCCAUUCCGCAGCGCCAUCGUCAGCUCACCAUUUCCUUCGGUCCAGCAGCACCAGGAGAAGAGCAGCAGCAGCAACACCAGGAGUCGCACCAGCGCUGCCAACGACCUCAUCAUCUCCUCCAUCCCAGCAGCAGCAGCACCACCAGGAGGAAAGGCAGCCGCAGCAACACCAGAGAGGAGGAAGAGCAGUGGCAGCAACACCACCAACCGCACCAGCUCAUCAUUCCUUCAUCCCAACAGCCACACCAGAGGAGGAAGAGCAGUCGCAACAACAACACCAACCGCACCAGCUCAUCAUCUCUUUCGGGCUUUGCUUUCAUUUUUUUACAUAUAACACUUGCAGAACAGAGGAGAAGAAAGAGCAGAAAACCGAGGAGAGAGAGUGACAAAGACGUAGAGGAAAGGAAAAAACAGGGAAACCGACGCCAACAUAGGACAGGAGGGAAAGACUGGGAACGGACGAACGCAGACAGCUUCUUCAUCUCCAGAAGGCAAUGAUGUGUAGAGGGAGGAAGGGAGUUGCCUUAAAAGAUUGAAGGGAAAAAGGUAGCUUUAUUUUUUUUCUCUGCCUCUCAAGACAAUCUUUUCUUCUGAUCAUGACAGUUUUG